UUUUCUCGCCUGCGGCUGAAAUUUGCACGGUGAACCGCUGCUGGAGGCAAUGUGGAUAUAGUGUUGAGGUUUUCAUUUUAAUAUAUACAUGUGCAUAGUCACGCAAACAGGCGGAAAACGUAGAGAAAGUGUUUCCUUUUCUCUUUUUCUUCCUUUUCCCGGCUGUUAGUGGUCUCCCGCGAGCGUUUUACAUGCGGACUGUCAUUCAGAAAUACUACAGCCUGCAUUUGGAGCGCUCACGUGUUUGACCUUAGUCUGUAUAUAUUAGAUUUUUCCUACAUUUAUACUCAUAUUUUUCCGUUCUCUUAGUUAUAUGUUACUUUUGUAUACUUUGUCAAAGUCGACUUCAUUUAUUACAACAAGUUGACGUUGCGGUGACAGUACGUGUCUUCACGUUUGUUAAUGACUCUUAGUUUGAAUCGCGGAUUAAGUUAUCGAAGCCAUAAAAUCACUGGAGAGGAGGUGAGGAACUUUUUCCGGCAUCGUAUACGUGCAGGUCAUCAGAGGGUAACAGACUGUGGAUAUCUCAUCACUGCUGGGAGUUUUACAAUCAAAGAGGCUCAGCAUUCUUCUUCCUGAAAAUUAAGCCAAAAUGGAGCUUCUCUGGUUCUUUCUGUUGCUGGAGAUGGUCCUGAUGUCUGCUGCUGCCAGGGGUCCACCCAGGGUGUCAGAGCGGGUGGCCCAUCGGCAGAGUGUCCGUCUGGGUCGCACCAUGAAGCUGCCCUGCCCCGUAGAGGGUGACCCCCCGCCGCUCAUCAUGUGGACCAAAGAUGGCCGCAACAUCCACAGUGGCUGGACACGGUUCAGGGUGUUACAGCAUGCUCUGCGUAUUAAAGAGGUGGAGACUGACGACGCCGGGACUUACAUCUGUAAGGCUACCAACGGGUUUGGCAGUGUAAACAUCAACUACACACUCAUUGUUAUAGAUGACUCCAGUUCAAGAGGUGGAGCAGGGAUGAACGACGGUGACUCUGAACAUGCCCCAGAGCUGGCUGGGAAACUGGUACGUCCACGUUUCACCCAGCCAUCAAAGAUGAGGAAGCGUGUCAUCGCUCGCCCAGUGGGUAGCUCAGUGCGUCUGAAGUGUACAGCAAGCGGAAACCCUCGCCCCGACAUUGUCUGGCUGAAGGACAGUCGGCCGCUGAUGGACGAGGACGGUGGAGCAGGAGGGGAAGGGAAGAAGAAGAAAUGGACCCUGAGUCUGAAGAACCUGAUGCCAGAGCACAGCGGGAAGUACACCUGCCACGUCUCAAACAGAGCAGGAGAGAUCAAUGCCACCUACAAAGUGGAAGUCAUACAGCGUACCAACUCUAAACCCAUUCUGACCGGUACUCACCCUGUCAACACCACCGUGGACUACGGAGGAACCACAUCUUUCCAGUGUAAAGUCCGCAGUGACGUCAAGCCGGUUAUUCAGUGGCUUAAAAGAGUUGAACCUGGUGACGAGAACAAAUUUAACUCCACCAUAGAGGUUGGAGACCAUCGCUUUGUGGUCCUGCCUACAGGGGAGGUUUGGUCGCGUCCUGACGGAUCCUACCUCAACAAGCUGCUGAUAACCAGAGCCAAGGAGGAGGAUGCCGGCAUGUACAUCUGCCUGGGAGCCAAUACCAUGGGCUACAGCUUCAGGAGUGCCUACCUGACGGUGCUACCAGAUCUGAAGCCCCAAAGCAACUCUGUCCCUACGGCAACAUCCCCUAGCCUCCCCUGGCCCGUCAUUAUUGGAAUACCAGCAGGUGUUGCCUUCAUUUUAGGCACCGCCCUCCUCUGGUUCUGUCAAUCAAAGCGCACCUGCUCCUCCUCUUCUUCAUCCUCCUCUGCUCUUCCUGUUGCCCAGCGUCUGCCUGUGGCCAAUCGUGACCGAGCCUGCCCAGCAGUGCCUUCUCAAACAGCCAACGGGGAUAAAGAUUGUCUUUCAUAUGAGGACUACAUUGCCCAUCAGCAGCUGCUUCUGGCUCAGGGAGGCGCAGGAUUGGCUCCCAAGAUCUACCCGAAGAUCUACACGGAUAUACACACACACACGCAUUCACAUGUGGAUGGGAAAGUGCACCAACACCAGCACAUUCAUUACCAGUGUUAGCAGCAAGGCUAACAGCAAGCUUUGGUGUUACACAUUCAACUCUUACAUGAACAUGUUCCUGUGCAUGCAGACUCAUUCACAACAGUCCAUACUAACUGCUGACGUACAGAGCAAAGAACAAGGACAGCCACAUGCAAGAGAGCACGCAGUUCAUGUACAGAAACAUUGGAUCACACAACUCUUCCUCAUUCUGCUGCAGCCAUGUUGUUGUGUAAACACGGACUUAUUCAAGACACAAAUAAUGAAGAAUGUAAAGAAAGAAGACAAAGAUCCUUAUUUUUUGCCAAUCUGGAUGCCUAUCCAAAACCCCAAAAUAUGUUUUAUUCAAGCUUUUUUUUAUACGAACUCUUUUCUGAAGAUGUUUAAAUCUCUCUCAAAGGCCUUAUUUGAAACCAUAGUGAACUCUGCAGCUUCGAGGUAACUUUAUAACCCAACAAUUUAUCUGUCUCUGUUCUUUUAGUAUUUUGGACAGAACCACAGCCUCCUCAGUAAGAGUAGAAAUACAGAUUGCCUUCAUUACAAGGUUCCAACUAUAGUUACUCAUGUAUAUAGUGGAAUAAGAUUAUAUGGCAUUUAGCAUGCUACUUCAUCCUGGGUAAUCUAUAAAGAACAAUAUAGCAUGUGUGUGAUAAUUUAGUGAUAUAUCUCAGGCCUCAACCCAACUGAGCCUAAGAAACACAAAUAAGACAAACUCCCACUGUAGGAUGUAAGGAUGCGAGCUGCUGGUUUUUGCUUCUGCUGAGCCGACAGCCCUUCUGAUAAAUGUCCGGCUGCUAUCUGGGUAAUGUGUGAAAAGAUCUGAUGUCAAACUGGGUUGCUGACUCCAGAGAGCAUGUAUCUGUCUUAUUAGAAUGAUUUUAAAUGCAGCUACAGGGAGAUUUCUUCUACAACCUAGGAGCUCCUCAAGACGACAGUUGCAGAAGCUCUCCCAGCUCUGAUUAAGUACAUUUUCUGACCCUUUACUUCCUGGGGGUGGCAUUUCUUGUUUGUCAUCGUCUACUUUGCAGCUUUGUUUGAUGCUUGCUGACUUUAGAAGAGAGAGAUGAAGGAUAUCAGUUCUCCAUAUUUCAUACAUUCAACCUCUUUAGUCGAGGUGCAGUGCCUCUGUAAAAUGGUGCCUUCUAACAACUGUUUCCAGAUUUCGUGGAUCAAUGUUGGAUCACUGGAUAUGUCACAGAUUCUUGUUAAUCUGUUAUGAGAUUGAAAGGGCUUAAAAGAGAGGAACAUCCUCAGACUAUGUACAAAUACAUAAACUGCUCUUAGUGCUUUACAAUGGAAAGGAAUUAUAAUAACAUCCUGAUACAUUUAUAGAUAUGUCUGGAUUAUUUGAUUUGAUCUGAAGAUUUACCAUUCGUUUUACUGACCACCUUAAGAGAUGUUUAAAAUAAAGAGAUCUACAAAUUUCUUUUAUAUGCAUUUACAUGUGGAUUUUAGCCAUUUUCUCUGUAUUUGACUAUAAUUUGGUCUCAUGUUAAUGCCAUUUGAAAGCCCUCACAUACCCGUGGUACACCCCCACAAAUGUUUUCACUCAUUUUUGCUUAUUAGACCUCCUCCAAGUGUGGGACAACUGAAACUUUUACCAUUCUUAUUCAUAUAAUGAGUUUGGUAAAUUUAGGUAAUUAUCAAUGUUGCUCUACAUGGCUUCAUUUGUAAAUGAGGUCCCCAACAGUUGUUAUGAGUAAAGCAAUUAGUACACUAUAUAAAUGAUCCUAAAAUAAGCAGUUUUCAAAGCCAAUUUAAGCUUAAGUUAGAGAGAGUAGAUAUAAAGUUAAGGUCACAUUUGCCAGGUGAUGAUAUUGUGUUUGGGAUUGUAAAAUCAAAGGGAUCCACAAAAUCCCAAAGGUCAUUAUGAAAAAAAGUCCAGAAGUCCAUAGAAUAUCUUUCUUUUCUUUUGUUUUCUUAAAUUUAUUUUCACUAGCACUAAGAUCUGUACUGCUUACUUACUUAACUGACACUACUAAAGCAUGAACAUAAUUUGCAAAACUAGAAUUAGUAAAGUACUGGUUAUUCAAGGUCAAAUAACAGGAUUUCAUUAGAAACAUGCAGAUUCCAAUCUUUUCUACUGGGUAUUCUCAUGUAUUAGAAUGACUGUUAGUUAUUCCUUUAGUCUUAUUGUUUCAUUGCAUUUUGCAUUGGCUACUCCUGAUAGGUGUUGGGAAGUUCCCUCACACCACACCAUGAUAAAAUCAUUUAGAUUGACCCAAAACUCAUCAGAAACCAGCCCUAACAAACCUCCUUCCUUUCGCUCUUUCUCAGGUGUCCAUCUUGUUUUUCCUGUGUGCACCCAUGAAUCUGACCACUAUAUAAACUCUGCAUAAAAUGUUAUGCUAAGAUUAAAUCUAGAUUUCAGCUGUUUUACAUUAGAGCACCCUAAAAGACAUACUCAGCCAUGUGUGAGUGUAACAGUGGGGUGACUCUGGCCAGAGAUGUUUAAACAUAAAAAUGAAUGUCUGCUAAAGAAAGGAAAGAAUUGUAGGCUUACCAUGAAGUUGAUUGCAUUUGCAUUAAGUCUGUGUUUCCUGCUGCAGACCUUCUUCAAGACAAAAUACAACAGUGAGAACUUAAGGUGUAAAUGUGUUACAAUCAUGUGACAGGAAGUGAUAUAUUGACAUCACCUGGUAACUUUAGUUACACAUGUGGUCGAUCUUUAGCAUGAAUUUUCCACAUAAAUAUCAAGAAAGAAAAAUGUACAACUAUAUUCAUAUGUAUAAUUCAUAUAUGCCCAUUUUUAUAAUACUCAUUGGCAUGUUAUCUUUAUCCUGAAAAGAACAGGGGGCCUGCAGACCAGAGCUUUAGAGUCAACGAGUAGCCAGUCUCUUUCUUUGUAUAUUUUCAAUCCCUUUUAUAGAUUUUGUUUCAAACCUGUGAAGUCCUUUGUAUUAUUAUAAAUGUAAGGUGUAGCUUGUAAAACAUGCAAUCUUCAGAUAUGAUUAGCCACACCUUUCUACCUGCACAAAGACCUAUUUACGUAAAUUAAGUAUAUGUGUUUCAUAUCCCCAACAGACAGCCUGCGACCAGUGUAUUUCAUGUUAGUGCCCUCUCUCCGUUCCGAUAUAACAAAUAAAAUGCAUAUGAAAGUACAAAGUACUAAAAUUAAGUUAAUUAGAACAGCAAAGAAUAAGAUUAUAUAAAAAUGAUUAUUAUUAUAUUACAGUUCCAAAUGGAGACAUUUAUCAUUUAUUUUCCUCUCUAGAAACAGCGUAAACUGCAUUAGUAGCUCUCCCUUUGAUAUGUUCUUCUUGUCCUCCCAUCAUUUCUGCUUUGAAACAUCUGCUGAACAGCUGGAGUGUGUUUUUUUGUUUUAAAGUAUUUCUUCCAAUGUUGGAGGGAUGGAAAAGUAAGUAACAGUAACAUUUUCCUCAAUGUUUUUCUGUGAAAAUCAUUGUCAACUCAGUUUUUCACUUAUUUCACACAUUAAACUCAGUUUAAAAGUUUUUUUGUGUCAAAGCUAAUGGACUGCCAAUAGAAAAACUGUGUAUAUGUGCACUUACCACUAGCAUGUUCAUGGAAUGACAUUACUGUUGAAAUUAUAGGAAUUUUUGGAUCGUUUAGUGAGAAUGCUUUGGACCAUACACUAGCUCUAGCAACACAUUGACCCACAAAAAUUGUCUCGAGAUUCAAAAAGAAAGUGUGUUUCUAAUUUAUUUUGUUUUUUUCAUAUAAUUGGGCAUUAUACUGCAUGAGUGGAUUUUGUGUUAUACUAGUAACGUAAGCUAUGUAGCAAAUACCAUGUUCACGUCAUUGUAAGAUACUGUAUUUAUACGUGCUGACGGAAUAUACAAAAUUUUAUCAUUAAUCUUUGUAUCGACAAUCUUGUACAGUCUGUUGUCAUAUAGGUUAAAAGUAUGUUUUCUCCCAUUUUAAUCAUUUUAAUGGUGCCAUUAAAAAAGUUAAAUAUA